UUGAGGACGUGUCUCUCUGCCCGGCUCCCGUCAGCUGUGUUCCCCGGCCGGAGGAGCUGAUCUCUGGGUGUCUGCAGCGGCAUGGCCCGGUCCCUGUGAUCCGACCGGAGCGUCUCCUCCUCGGCCUUCUCUCCCGGAGCUUCUCCCCCGCCUCAGCGGAGACAUGAGGAACCCUCUGCCCGGGGCGGCGCUCUCUCUCUGGCUCUUUCUGGAGUGUGUAGAGGCCAAAAAGUACUGCUGGUAUUUUGAAGGCGGAUACCCCAUCUACUUCAUAUGUCGCUCCUACGAGGACUGUUGUGGGACUCGCUGCUGUGUGAGAGCCCUGUCCAUCCAGAGACUCUGGUACUUCUGGGUGCUGCUGAUGAUGGGCGUGCUGUUCUGCUGCGGCGCCGGCUUCUUCGUCCGCCGGAGGAUGUACCCGUCUCCUCUGAGGGACGACCCCACCUUCAACGUGUCCUUCACCAGACACCCCGUCAACUCGCCUGUCUCCCAGCAGCCGGGGGCCAUGCAGGGCUUCGGGAUGAACGGGAUGAUGGGGCCCGACCCGGCGGGGGCCACCAUUCCUCACUCAGCGUACCCGGCACAGUCUGGCUCCGCCCACAUGAUGAUGAGCUCCUACCCCCCCCCUCCGUCCUACUGCAACCACCCGCCGCCAUCCUACGAACAGAUAUUUCAAAACGCUGACAAGAAGUGACCUCGUCCGCAGGGAGAUGAACUGUGACUGGAGGAAUGAUCCCAGAUGUGUUUGUGGAUGUGAGACUUUUAGAAACACACACCUCCUGUCCUGAAGGAGCACACACACACACUCAUCACACACUCACCUCCUGAUCCGUGUGAAACACUCGACCUGUUUUAACUGUUUAGAAAUGUUACAAAGUGAAACACGUUAUAAUAAAAAGGUAGAAGCUGUAGAAAGCGUUUUGAAGGAAGGCAUAUCCCCCCAGCGUCUGCACUCUUUCCUUAGUGAUGAGUCCUGGAUGCAUCUUCACUUCGACCGGACGGGAGGAGCGAGGGAGAGGAGGUGUAGUUCAGUGCUUUUUGUUCCUGUCAGAGAUUCUAGCAUAAAUAUCCUGAGAAGAGCGACCCACAGGUUAGACAGUGGAUCCAGGAGGAGGUGCAGGAGUGAUCGUUUUAAUCUCCAAACAUUUCAGGAUUCAUUUCCAAACUCUGGACUCAUCGGUGAACUGAACAAGAUAAAUAAAGCAUGACUGGUGAAAACUGAAAUCAGAUCCAAAUGAAACUCAGAUUAAAAACUCUAAAUCAAACAAAUCCCAACUACAAGAGAGUCAGCAAACUCCUGAGUCAUGAGCUGAAAGGUGCCGAGUCAUGUGUUCGUAUAAAGGUGGCGUUCAGUGUGUACAGAGUGCUUUCUUCAAGAGCUGCAGUAAAUACGUGAGGAUGAAGAUGAGGAUGAUGAAGAUGAUGUAGUUUCAGGAAGUAGUCGAGCUUUUUCCGUUGCGUAGUUUUGUCCCAUCGAUGCAUUUUAACGAGCACUCUGCAACACGGCACACAAUAUCACCUUCAUGAUGAUUUCUGGAACUUGAAACUCUUACUUCAUUCACUUUCAAUCCUCCAGUCAAACCAGUGCAUCUCAUUCAGGAAAAACUUCCAAAAUCCUGUUUUUUUUGGUCGAUUUUUGUCUGCAGAUUUCUCCUAAAUUCACCAAAAGUUAGCAUGAAAAAUCUCUCACUUGCAGAUUGAAUCAUAACAUUAAGGGGAGUGCACACUACUCUGCAUGGAUAAAUAACGUCCCAAAAGAUUCAUUAAAGCCAGUUCUGCCACUACGAACUAAAAGGUGAAUGAUUGGACAUCUUAAAUGCUCAGCACGAUAUUAAAGAAGGUUCAUUUAGUCCAUCUAUGCAACAGGACACAUCUUCUGCUCCUCAACACGAACACCGUCAUUCAUUGUGAGAUGUAAAUAAAGUUCCCUUCUGAUAGAA